GGGGCUGAGCCUAUCUUGGGAAAGUUUCGUUUUCCGAGGAAAACUCAGUGCUAAGGACACCGCCACUUCACCAGCAACUUUCAUCCGUUACAGGCUUUCUGUUGGGCUUAAUGGACUCGACUUUUAAAGGUAAAGGGCAUAUUCGGAGGUGCCAAAAACCAGGGAGUUCCAGAAACCAACCUCAGACAGGGACUUCAGUGCCAUCUAACAAGAGAGUUCCUUCACAGCAUCCAGAGACGACUGUUUCUCAGCCUGAGAAUUUCUCCACGGUACAUUCAAGGAGGAAUACCACUACAAUUGAGCAUUUGUCUGCCCAGAUUGGCCCUCACCAAACCAUUGAAUCAGCAAUGAGCUCAUGCAGCCUAGCUGGCUCUGCCCAAUCCCCUCCAAACUCAGCUGUGCCAACUCAGCUGCGGUUGGUGCUGGUGGGCAGGACAGGGGCAGGGAAGAGUUCUACAGGAAACACCAUCUUGGGUGAAGAACGUUUCAAAUCUCAACUGAGCAUGAGCUCAGUGACGAAGGAAUGCAAGAAAGAAAGUGCCGUAGUCCAGGGGCAAAGUCUUGCACUUAUUGACACCCCUGGCUGGUUUGACACCUCCCUAACGCAAAAGGAAGUAGAAGCGGAAGUAAUAAGGUGCCUGGCCAUGUGUUCACCUGGACCCCAUGCAUUUCUGCUAAUCAUACCAAUCACUCGCUUCACAGAUGAACAGCAGCGGACUGUUGACAUGAUUCAGGGAGCUUUCAAGGAGAACAUGGCUGACCACACUAUCAUCAUAUUCACCCAUGCAGAUCUGCUGAAAAAGGAAGAGAAGUCAUUUGAGCAGUUCAUAUCAGAGCAGGACGAGAGAAUCCAGAAACUUGUUAAACAAUUUGGUAGCCGCUUCUUGGCCUUCAACAAUGAUGACCCACGUGACCAAGACCAGGUCACACAGCUUCUGAAGAAGCUGCAUGAAUUGCUAGAACAGAACGAGUACCGUCACUUCACCAACCAGCGAAUGCAGAUUGUGAAUAAGGCAAUGGCAGCUCUUAAGCUGAAACAAGAGGAAGUGACAGCUGAAUCAAUUAAGAGAGCCAAGCAAGCAGUAAGGAAGAUGGAAGAAGAUCGCAGGGAGAACAUCAUUAAAGCCUUAGAGAAGGACAGGCAGGAAAUAGAAAGACGCAGGCUGCACAUCCAAGCCAAGAUCAGUCAGAUAAUAGAGGAGGUAGUAAAAGAACACGAAAGCCCAAAUUCAGAUCCACGCAGACUGAAACGUCUCGAAGAAUCUCUUCAGCAAGAAAAUGAAAACUUCGUAAAUCUGGAUGAAGAAGAAGAAAAGAGGAUAAUGGAAGCUGAAGAAGAGGGGAAGGAACUGGAUGUGUGGAUCCAAGAGGAAGAGAAGAGAGUAGAGGAAGCGGAGAAGGAAAAGGCUUCAAAGGAUGAUGGAAGCAGAUGGUAUCAAGAUCCCUUUUACUUCAGCAUCCUGAAGUACCUUGUUGUUUUUAUUGGAGGGGCUGGGUUUGGGUUUGCACCUAUGCUUUUGGGUUUUAUGGCCCCCGCAGCACCUGUAGGACUAGCAGCAGAGUUAGCCGCAUUGGUUGGGCCUGAGCUUGCAGGUGUCCUGACAGCUGCAGUUGGAAAGGCAGCUCCUUUGAUUGCUAGCCAGUGCUCCAUUCAGUAACCCACAAAUCAGAUCUCUCAACAGUUAAAAGAAUUCUCCAAUAUCGUAACCAUCAAUACUACACUUACAGAUGAUGCUGUGCAGUUGAAUUCCAUCAGCAAAAAUAUGUGCAGGUCAUUUCGUAUCAGUGUAGUGGUGUGGGUGGAGUUUUUACAGGUUCUUGCUUGAUUGCCACAAUUUUUUUAAAAACUUUAGUGAUAAAAUGUUGGAUAAAACUUUGAUACGACAUUCUCCCUGUCUUUCUCACCCUAAAACCUGUAUUGUUACACCGAAUGUAGAUUUGAAGUUGCAUCAUUAUGGUCACGUAUUCUGUAUUACUCUUAUUAACAAUAUUUAGCUACUCCGCAAUAGCUUUUAAUAUAAACGAGUUUUGAAUCAACAGGAAUUUCAGUAGUAAACAGCACAAUACAGAUGCAGCAAAUCAAGAUCAGGUUGAAAAAUACCAGAGUAUUCCUUUAAGGUAUGGGGAAUCUGUAAUCAGUCUUAUUUGGCAACCACAUACAAUACAAUACUUGAACGAAUUGCCAAUUAGAUAAUAAAACACCUUUUUUAAAAUUGUAAUAUCAAACGCACUGUAUUUGAGCUCCACAGAGGGGUGUUUUACAUAAGACAGUUAACAAAAGUAAAAGAGGUCAGAAAAGCAAAUCCAUCAUCACCUCAUAACACAUCUUUUCUUUGUUUACAGCAUAUGUUAACAACCUUUUACUUAUGUAAAAAACCUUUUACUGCAAACAUAAACAAUAUCCUAAUAAGAAAUAUAUUUCUGAAAACUACAUUUUCUUAUUAUGUACUCAUUCAAAUAAUCAGGUUCGCCUGUUUCUUUGUAUUUGCAUUUAACAAACAAGUACGUUGCUAGUAGAUAUAAGUUCAAACAAAGUUUAUGCAUUCUUUAUAAAUACAAAAAAGUCCAAUAAAUGGAUUAUUGAACUGCA